UCGCGAGAGCCGCGAUACCCGGCCCGGCCCCGGCAGCGAGGGACGAUGGCGGCGCUGGGCGGGCGGCUCCUGGUGGCGGGCGCGGGGCGGGCGCUGUGCGGAGGGUUGCGCCGGGCUACGGCCGCGCCUCCGGUGCCGACCCGGAGCGCCACGGUCACCCGCAGCGGCGCCAUUUUGCCUAAGCCGGUUAAGACGCCCUUCGGCCUCCUGAGGGUGUUCAGCGUCGUGAUCCCGUUCCUGUACGUCGGGACGCAGAUCAGUAAGAACUUCGCGGCUCUGCUGGAAGAACACGACAUCUUUGUCCCGGAGGAUGACGACGACGAUGACUAAAGGAACUGCAAUUGGAAGAACAGGAGGAAGCCAUUGACAGCCAUAGUGCCAGCAUCUGCCAUCUAUGUCUUGUCCUUCCUCAAGGGGACGGGGAGGUGUGACAUCCCCUUUGCCAGUGAAUGUCCUGCACUUGUAUGUAUAAGAAGAAUCAGGGUUGAAAUAAGCACUUCGUAAGCUCUGCAUCCUUGCACGUACGCGUACACACUCCAACCUCAUAAAGAACUGAGUGAGAUUCCUUAUAUUCGCAAUAUGGGAAACAUUUAAUUAAAGAACGAGACAUACGAGGGUU